UAACAACAACACAACACUGCCUCCUUUAAAUACACACACUAUAGGCGGAACCAGUCCCUUUCACAAACCCUAGCAGUCGAAUCCAAAAUCCCAAAAUACAAAACGAACGAUGAAGGUGAUCGCUGCUUUUCUCCUCGCUAAGCUCGGAGGAAACGAGAACCCAACUUCAAAUGAUCUGAAGAAGAUCUUGGAGUCCGUUGGUGCUGAGAUCGAUGAAUCGAGGAUAGAUCUGUUGUUUUCUCUGAUCAAGGAUCAUGAUGUGACGGAGCUUAUCGCUGCUGGGAGGGAGAAGAUGGCUGCUUUGUCUUCUGGUGGUCCAGCUGUUGCUAUGGUUGGAGGAGGUGAUGGUGGAGCUGCUGCUGCGGCUGAGCCAGCUGCUGAGUCUAAGAAGAAGGUUGAAGAGGUCAAAGAGGAGUCUUCUGAUGGUGAAGGCAUGAUGGGUCUCUUUGAUUGAUUUGGGUUAGGUUUAUGAAUCUGUUGCUGAGUAUCAUUUUGAUGUUUCUUUGGUUUUGUGAUGAUGGAUAUUUGUGUUAUGUUAAGACUUGUCUUUCUGAUGUUGGUUUAAUAAUCUUUGGAGCUUAUGAUUCUAUGGUUUUUUUA